GAUUUGAGCAGCUGAAAUUGAAAAUCAAAGAACAACAAACUACUUUUACUUGGUCUGGGUACCGGACAGUUCCUUCAACGUCUUUUCUUGUUCGUUGACCCUAACGAUACUGCUUGGGCAGUUGACAUUCACGGAGACCGUAGUGUCGUCUUGCAGGAACAGCGUAGCGUAUACUAGUAAUAUUCAGUUGAAUCCAAUCUCUGGAGGGUAGGGUCGCCACGAUGCCAGGAAUCCACCCCCGGAGGACGGGAUGCGGAGAGAAUGCCGCAAAGCGUGAAUCAGCUACGGCGGCGCUGUCUAUCAUCGUGCUGUGCUUGCUCGGAGCGACGAUUCACUGUGGCAGUGCCGAAGUGCCCGGUGCUUGGAACCACUUGUUCCAGGAUAACGUUGACUAUGUGUUCGCUUACAACUCAACGGCAUUGCUCCCGGAGAGUAGGACGUCGACUCUUGCCAAGGUCCUGCUGCGGGUAGUGAACAGUGGUGAUGACUGGCAAGAGAUCAAUGUACAGCCCAUUGCCACGGGUACAGUGCACUCCACUCCUGAUACCACCCCAGAUUCAUCCCUGGACAAUCUCAUGCCUGUCAAGGAACCAGUAGCCUGGUAAGUGGAGAUGGGAAAUAUCUAU